AUGGACGAGCUCCUUAACAUGUAUGGAAACGGAAAAAAUGGCACAAGUGAGAACUAUGAGUUGUUCAAGGGGUUUAUUAAUGUUCAUCAGGAGUGGCAUGAAAAGUCGGGUGAUACAAAUGAUGUUACAAAAGAAGGAAAAAAUGAAUGGGCAGAGGAGGAUGAGAAUGAUGUGGACAACACAAGCGAUGCAAAUGAGGCACAUUCUUACAGUAAUUUGGAGGACGAACUACAUUACAAUGUGAAUGAAAAAAACAAGCUACCUUUCGAUAAAAAAAACUACGAAAAGAUAAUAAAGAAAAUAUGCUAUCGCAACGAUUUAAAGUACUAUAAUUACUAUAUAAAUAAUUUUGAGAAAAUAAAAAAUAUUAAAGGAAUAAAAGAUAGAGGUGAAAAUAGAAUUUGUAUUUUAGUCUUGUGCUUAAAUUACAUAUACUGUAAUUUAAAUAGUGAAAUUAUGACCAUGCAUGAAUUGAAAAGACAGAUAAAAAAAAAUACCACGAAAACAAGAGUAUAUUGCAAGAAUUUAGCAAAAAUUUUAUUUACAAUAUGUAACAGAUUACAACUAAAAAAUUUUGCAAAGGAUGAUAUAUUACCCUACAUGGAAAAAUGUAUCACUAUUAUAAUUAACAAAUUGAAAAAUUUACAUAAUAAAUUUGGACAUGGGGAAUAUUUACAAGCACAAAAGAGGAUGAAUAUAUUUCAUGAUAUAUUCGAUCUGAUAAAUAACUCUUCUCUUGAUGAUCCUUCUCUUCAAGUGGAACCAAAAAAACUACUUGAUGAAAAAUGCUUUGGAGUGAUCAAUGAUGAGACAACUGGUGAGGAGGUAGCCGAUGAUACAGCUGAUGACACAGCUGAUGAUACAGCCGAUGACACAGCUGAUGAUACAGCCGAUGAGAUAACUUCUGAAAUAACUGGUGAGAGGGGGAAGGAGGUGAGUUGUCCCCAAUCAGAUAAUCAUAUUUCUACUGGAACGAGCGGAGAUCGCAGAGGUAAGGAGAUCUUGCAUAAAAUAAACAAAAUGGAUGAAGUGGUGGAAUAUCCAAAUGGCGUGCAUUCUAAUAGUAGUAAAUGUAACGGUUUGGUAGAUGGGAACCAUGCCGAUGUGUUAGAUGACGUGCUAGACGAUGUAUUGGAUAAUGUGCCGAAAAAGAUUCACGAUAAAGCACACCCCAGGUGGAACUCUAGUUGUGAAUAUCCUGGAAUGGAAAGAAACCACCAUCAUACGUGGACUAGGGACACAGAGACACACAGUGACAGGGAUCACAGUUGCAGAAGAAACGACGUGGAGGUAAAAGAAUCGAAAAAGCAAAAGAGAAAAAAUGAAAAAGAAGGAAGAAAUGCUAAAAAAAGAAAAAAUGAAAAAGACGACAGAAAUGUGGAAAAAAGAAAAAAAAUGAUGGAAUCGAAGGAAGUAACGAAGAAUGUGGACAUAAAUGUUAUAACUGAAUUUUUAGAAAAGAAUAUCACAUUGCUAUCUUUAUACGCAUGUAUUGUAUAUUCUUUUUUUAUCAUUUGGAAUAAGAAAGAAAACAUGGACACCAAUUUAUAUAACAAAGAAAGUAGAAAGUAUGGUGGGAAUUUACAUUAUUUUCUUUGUUCAUCUAUUAUUAUAACUUUUGAUAUUUUCAACGUAAGAAUAAAAGAUCAUUUUGUUUGUUAUUGCUUAGGAGUCAUUCAACAAUCGAUAGCAAAAGAAAAGAAGAAAAUGUUAAACUUUUUUUUAAUAACAUUUAAUGAAUUCCUAGGAAUGGAAUUAAUACCCUCCUUUCAUAUUGUUUUUAUAUUCAUGCGUGUAAUUUUUAGUAAUUAUGUAUUACUUCAAAUGUAUUUAUUUUUUAUUAUACAAAAAUAUGAGUUGAUGAAAAGAAGUGGAUUUUUAUUUUCUUUGGAGCGUUUACAAGUCCAUUUAGCAAAACUGUUUAGGACCAUUCGUCAACAAUUUUUGAAUUUAACCGAUAUUUCUGUUUAUUAUAAUUUUUUGUUUCGAUCCGAUUAUAUAUAUAAAAAUAUCCAAGAAAUCAUUUCUCAGAAUGAGGAUUUUUCAACUGUAAACAUGUUGAUGAAAAAUUUAACGAAGAGUUAUCUAACAGAAGAUGAAAAGAGAUUAUUUAAUGAAUACAAUUUUGAGGAAUCUUAUCGAAUAGAUUUGAACAAUAUUUAUCAGUACAUCCAUAAAAUUUUAAUGCAUAACUUGGGGAAUUAUUAUAAAGAUGAAAUUUCUAAAAAUGUUAACCUUCCUCAACGAGUGACACGAGAGGAGGAGGAGGAUAAUAGAGAUAGAACAAGUUUCACCAAUUUAAACAAUUAUGGAAUGGAAAAACUCCAAUUCUUUCAGACAUACUGGACAAAAGAAAAAAAUGCCCAGAUUUCAUGGAACAAGAACAAUGAAGAAAGGGAGGUUGAUAUAAGCAUUGUGAGUGAAGAAAAAUUGGCUUGUCAUGAGGUGAUUGAAAAUGUUGAUAAUACAUGUAAUCAUCAGAAAGGUAUACAAAAAUACACACGUGUUGAAAACAGAUUUCAUCUAUUUGACAACAUGAAUGAUAAUUGUGAUGAAGACAUGACUCAUGCAUGUGGUAAACGCGUGAAAGAGAAAAAAGAUAAUGGAAAUGCACCUCAUAUGAGUGAAAUCAAUGUGUGUUAUGAACAGGAGCUCUGUAAUAUCAUUGAUUAUGGAUUAAGAAGCCGUUAUAGCACUACAAAUUUCCCGUACACAAGUUCACACAUAGCAAAAAAAAAUGAUUACAGUGGAAGAAUGAAGAAACAAAUGGAAAAUUACUUAGACGAAGAUAUAAAAAGUGGGAAUGAGGAGCACCUUGUAGAUUUUAUGAAAGAAAUAAAAGAUACAUCCGUACAUGAAAUUUUAUUUCAAAAUAUGUUUACAACUCAUAUAAAAGUUUUAAAAAAGAUAAACUUACAUAAUAUAAACGAAAUAAAUAUGGAAAUUAUCCCUUUUUUCAACGUAAAAAUAGUUGUACAAUUUUUUUUUUAUAAUGUUUUGAAGAGCAUUAUUUAUAACUGCUAUUCAAUGAGCUUUUUUACUCCUCAUAAGUUACAUCGCUUAAAUGAUUCAAGAAAAGGAACAAAAAAUAAUAUUUCACGUGUGUGUAAAGAAGGAGCACACAGUGGGGGGGGGGGAAGCGGUGGUGGUGGAGAUGGUUAUAUACCUAUUUCUUUAAAACACAAAAUAGCUAGCAAAAUCAGAGAAAUGAAAAGAAAAAAAUACACGUUUGAAAAAUAUUUUAUUUGUGAACAGUUUUAUUAUAUAGAGAAUUUUAAAAAUUGUAAAUUGUUUAACCAAAAUACAAGGAAAUUUUUAAGUGAUAAGAAUAUUAAACUACAAAAUGUUAACACUUUGUUCACAUGUUGUGCACUUGAGGAAAGGACAUUUGACUCCUUUUGUUUGGAAAAGUUCGAUCGAUGCAGGUUAAAUUCGGAAAUUGUUUCAACAGAAGCGAAGUUUCUGUUAUGUAGAAAAAAAUGCAAUAAAGUAUGCAGUGGAGAAUGCAGUAAAGAAUGCAGUAAAGUAUGCAGUGGAGAAUGCAGUAAAGAAUGCAGUAAAGUAUGCAGUGGAGAAUGCAGUAAAGAAUGCAGUAAAGAAUGCAGUAAAGAAUGCAGUAAAGAAUGCAAUAAAGAAUGCAAUAAAGAAUGCAAUAAAGAAUGCAGUAAAGAAUCCAAUAAAGAAUGCAAUAAAGAAUGCAGUAAAGAAUCCAAUAAAGAAUGCAAUAAAGAAUGCAAUAAUUUUCGCUGUACUACUUCCAUCGGCAGUAGUGAAAGUAAGGGUGAUAGUGGCUCCACUGUGCUUGACACACGCUGCACAUGUAUAAAUGAAGAAUAUGACAAUGAGGUCCCGAUUAGUAAGUUACAUGAUGAGAGUAGUAAUAAAAAAUGUAAAAACAAAGAAAAGAAAAUAAAAACACUUUUAUAUAAUUAUAGCUUAGAGAAUGAAAAAUGCAGCGAUUAUUAUAAUAGAUCCAACUCCAAAGAAAAACCACCGUUCACCCUUUUUGAUUUUAUAUACAACAACAAAAUGAUGAAAGAGUACAAAAAUGUGGAGGAAUUAUUUUUUAAAAAAAACUUCACAUUCUUAUUAAACAUGCUUAACAAUAUGGAUUAUCCAUUUCGAGGAAAUAAAAAAAAAUUAAUAAAAAUGAAUGAUUGUUUAUAUCAUACAUACCAUUUAAUAGGUAUUAAAAAAAUAGCUGGGGGGAAGGGAUAUAAUUUUACCUAUAAAAACGAGUUAAAUGAUAAUUAUUACAAAGUGUUAAAAACCAAAAUUUCAAACAUUUUGUCUCUGCAAGAUAUUUAUUUUCUGUUUAAUAAAUUUUUUUUUUUCUUAUUCCUUUAUAUUAAAUCGCACUGUUGUUUUUCUGCACAGAAAGGAACAUACUUAGUUACAGACCUAGGUGAUCGUGAUGAAAAUGUGCAUCUGGGCACAACGAAUGUUUGUUCCUGUAAGAAGGAUACCUGUUGCUAUAAAAUUAAAACCAUUAUUCUAUUUUCAAACAUUUAA